CGGGGAGAGAGAAUCGCCACCGUCCAUUUCAAUCUCCAGAUGUCCUCUUCUUGCGAAGCAUCAACGGUCUCCUGUUGUCUUUAGGCUUGGCAGAUAAUAGUCUUCUGAUGUAGGCAGAGUAAUAAUCCAAUCUUCGCAUGUAGAUAGACAAUAAUCAGUCUACGUACAUCAUAACUAUCUUUUAAAAACAAGGGAAGAGACCAUAUCUGCCGCGUCGGAUAUGGCUGCCGCCGUAUCCGAAUCUGCCGCGAGCGGAAUCGUCUCCGGCGCAGCAGAAAGGAGCAGACACCAGGUGCCACCACGUGGCAGCAGAGCUAAUCGAGCUUCUGACGUGUCCAGAGGAAGUGCAUUGACGUACACGUGGCGAGUAGACGCUUUCACUUCGGGGUGCCACGUGGCAGUGUUCCCGCCAAAACCGCACGCUGUAAAUCCGGAGCGCCACGUGGCAGUGUUCCCGCCAAAACCGACCGUCAGGAUUGGACAGGGUAAGUCGAACGAGGAGAGCGACGGGAAUCAACAUCAUCGACAGCAGAGUGCCAGCUCAGCUUCACGGAGUGCCAUCUCAGCAGCCCUACCGACGUGUCAACGACGGCAACGCCUCGACGGCGGAGCGCCGACUCCGCUCUUUCUUCCGACGAGCAAUGACCACUCGCCACGUGGCGCAAUAGCGGCAAUGACCGUACGUCGAGGGAAAGUGAACCGGAGAGGAACUCGAGCUCGCGCCAUCUGCGAAAAUGACGGUAGAGACGGUGCCACGUCAUCAUCGUCUUCUUCUCCAGUCCGCCGCAAGGUGAUGCUUACGUGUCGACAGUGCAAGCGACCGUACGAUCCCGAUCAGAACCAUCCCGGCGCCUGCAGGUAUCACACGGCUCACUGGGGAGGAGAGACGAGACGUAAGUUCGAAAGCGUGCACAGCGGUGGCACGUCGGAUACGCCCGACGGCGGAAAGAUCUCGCAGUAUUGGCAUUGCUGUGGAAGUCCCGAUCCCAGCGAUCUCGGAUGCGUGGCCUCACGCCACGUGUCGUACGACGAGUGAUUGCGACCAAUAUAAAGAAACGACAGAGCGGGACCAAAUCUAUAAAACCUAACGGCAAAGAAGUUGAAAAUCAGAGCGAGGGAGAGAGAAGAGAGAGAGAGAGAGAGAGAGAGAGAACAACUGGCUCUCAGGGAGAGAGAGAGGGAGAUAGAAUAGCUCNAGAGAGAGAGAGAGAGAGAGAACAACUGGCUCUCAGGGAGAGAGAGAGGGAGAUAGAAUAGCUCUCAGACAGAGAGAGAAAAAGUGUGUGUGUGAGAGAGAGAGAGAGAGAGCGAGAAAAAACUGGCAAAGAAAUCAACUCCCUCCCUUGUCGAAGGUGUAGCCACAUCCCCACAACUGCUCUCGAUUUCCAACAACGAUUUUUUAUUUCCCCCCCACCUCUCGUACUACAUGCAUUACGAAAGGCAGAAUUUUAUUUGUCAUCAAAGCUCCGCAGGGACACGGCGGGCUUUGGGAAAG